GAAACCACCACCGUUGGAUCACUCACCUCUCAUUUCAACCGUCGAUGGGCCUCUUCACCCUCUCUUUGACCACCAUCACAGACACAGUGACAGUCACAGUCACUGCAGUACCAAAAUCGAUGAAUGGAUCUCUCUCUCUCUCACAGGCAUUGAAGUGUUUGAGGACUGCUGCGACGUCGUUUUGACGCCACCGACACUCCUUGCUUCUUCUCCAAGCUAGAGAACCCUCAUUUUCUUCGAUUAGCUCAAUGCUCACCGCUUUUACGCUGAGAAACAGGCAUUAGCAAUUUUCCCCAGUUGAAAUCUCUUCAGAAGACAAAAAGUUGUUUUCAAACCUGGAAUGUUUAUCCAGCUGAUUUCAGGUUAGAAAGAAAUCCAGGAAGCUAUCUACCAGCAUGAGUAGAAAACUUAAUGACGGGUUGAAACCGGAGAAGCCGACUUUGUCAUAUGCUGAUCUUCAUCAUGUAAUUAUGAAAAGUGAGGCUGACAACUCUUUCAAAUCUCUUGGGAAUCAGCAGAAGCAAACUAGAGGGGCAACUGAGGAAGAUGAGCUGGUUAAGCACAUGUCAAAUUUACCAGGUUAUUUGGAAAGGGGAGAAAAAAUUCCGGACAAAGCUUUAAAUGUUGGCGUCCUUGAUUGGGGCAGUCUUGAACAAUGGAAGCACGGCCAUAAACAUAUACCCCAUAGAAGUAGCCAGACUUCAACAUCUACUAGUAAUACAUCAUCUUCUGUUCCAACAAAGGAGUUAACUGGUAAUUCUAGCAGGGGUCUAUGUUCGUCUCCUCAUCAAAGGACAUUCCGUCCAUCACUGCAAUCUCACCUUAUGGCAUCUCGGGUGCAAGACCAAUCUAUAGCCGCCAAAUUCUCUGGAGGAAUUGUUGGAAAUUGUAAGAACAUUAGAGGUAGUCAAAGUACUGUUGACACAUACAUAAAAUAUGUUCAAGCUUGUGAUCAUCUUUCCCAAAACCAUCCUGCUGGUGUACUGAAAGGAUGUGACAGGAAACAUCUGAAUCCACGUACUAAUAAGGAAAGUGACAGCUUGCCCAAUGGUCGCCUUUAUCAGGGAGCAUCAUGUGCUAAGCUGGAAAUGAGCACUCAAAAUGGUCGAAUGGAAAUGAAUUUAACAGAACAGAAUAUUGAUACUGAUGAGCAAGGUAUGGCUGAGAGAAGCAAACCGAUUGUUCUCAUUUUGCCUAGAGACGUCCCUCAGAACAAUCAUUGUAGAGCUCCUGACAUGCGAACGUCUCACAAGUUUGGAAGCCCUAGUCGAACAAGGUUUUUAGUAAAGCCUAAGGAACCUUCCUCUAGAUAUCCAAAUAAUGAUAUUUCAUGCUCCUGUCCCAUGCCAGAUGAACUUCGCAGAAGCCAUUCUCAGCCUAAAGUGUCAGGAUCCAGUUCCAUAGAUCCAAAGAGUUUCAAAAAUCCUGCUUCUACUUUAUUAGCAACUGUACCAGUCAGAAUGGCAAUAACUCCAUGCAGAUCUAGAAAGCCUGAGGAAAGGAAACACACCAUUUGCGUACCUUCAUCUGCGGAUGGGCCUCCCAAGGGAUUAGACCGGAAAGUAAAUAAUGAGAAAUCAAGAAGCUCUUCACCUUUUCGUCGAUUUAGCUUCAGCAUUGGCAUUGCAAGUAAAGGUUCUGGCUGUAAAGAGGUUGCGCAUGUGCCACAUCAGAGCUCCAUAGCCGCACUUAAAUCCUGUUCAGAAAAUGCUAGAGGUUAUACGUGCUCAAACAAUUCAGGCAAUGAUAAACAUGGUGAUACUGGCAAAAACAGGUCCAGCCCUUUGAGGAGAUUGCUUGAUCCACUGAUAAAAUCAAAGGCAACAAACUGCCAUCACUCCAUGGGGUUAUCUAAAAAAGCUGCUGAAAAUGCUGAAAAUGCAAGAGAUUAUCCUAGCUCAAACAUUUCAGGAGAUGAUAAAUCUCGCGAUGCAGGUAAAAGAAGGUCCAGCCCUUUAAGGAGAUUACUUGAUCCACUGAUGAAAACAAAGGCAGCAAACUGCCAUCACUCCAUGCAUUCAUCUCAAAAAGACUCGGUGUUGACAAAUAAUAAUUGUCGGUCAGGUAAUGGAAGAUGUUCCACUGCGUUGCCCAAGAGAGAAUUGGACCGGGACCAGAGGGUUGGUUGUUCCUCAGUUAAUACUGCUGAUUUGUCAAGGGACAACAGGAAUGUGCCAUCAGCGUCUCAAGCUCUCCUCAGAAUUGCUCUGAAGAAUGGUCAGCCCCUUUUUACAUUUGCUGUUGACAACAAUAGCAACAUUCUUGCUGCCACAGCUAAGAACUUGAAUGUCUCAAGACAAGAUGAAUGCAGCUGUGUCUAUACCAUUUUCUCCUUUAGGGAGGUUAAAAAGAAGAAUGGAAGCUGGAUGAAUCAAGCCGGAAAAAGCAAAGGUCCUGACUACACUCGCGACGUCAUUGCCCAGAUGAAUGUUUCGGGUUCACACUUUGAUGAUUCAUCUAGCCACUCCUAUAUUGCAAAGGAGUUUGUUUUGUUUUCUGUAAAGCUAAAGCAGGGAGACGCAGAGUUCGCUGACUACCAGCCAAAUGAUGAACUUGCUGCUGUAGUUAUCAAGUCACCUAAGGCUAUUGAUUUUGUCAAUCAUGCACCUCUGAGCAGUUACCGGAACAAUAGUCAAGAUCAUCUACAUGCAACAGUUGUGCUUCCAAGUGGUGUUCAUAGUCUUCCAAGCAAUGGUGGACCUUCAUCACUGAUUGAGCGCUGGAAAACAGGUGGGUCAUGUGAUUGUGGUGGUUGGGAUUUGGCUUGUAAACUAAAAGUUCUUGCAAACGUAAAUCUAGCCUCUAGAAAAUCAAGAGCAUCAAAAGCUUAUUUUGCAGACCCAUUUGAGCUUUUCCUCCAGGGGAAUGACCAAGACCAAGAUAAUGGGCCGACUUUCAAAUUUUCCCUCUUUAAGCCUGGAGUGUAUUCAGUAGCGUUUGAUUCAUCACUCUCACAUCUGCAAGCAUUCUUCAUCUGCUUAGCAUUAGUGGAUGGAAAGAUCCUGUAUGAACAUUCUGGAUCUAGAAACACGAUUGAAGGAAAAAAUCCAAGGGAAACUGCAUUGAUGCAAACUGAUGAACUUAGAGUUUUCGGUAAAUUUGAGGACAUUUCUGCUAGUUAUGUUGCUUAUCCUCCGCACUCUCCUGUCGGUAGGGCCUAAACUUAUGAAGUCAAGUCUUAGAUCUCUUUGGCAUUAAUGCACGAUGUCGGUAACCGGCAAAGAAUCAUGGUGUCACACGGAAUAGUUAGAUUGCAUUUCAUGACUCGUUCAUAAAUCAUCAGUAUCUAAAAUCAAUCAAUUGAAGUGUGAAUAGUAUGAAUAAAUUGUAUUUGAGCUUCUAGUAUUUCCUGUUUGUCUCAGUGACUUUCUUGACCAUUGAUGAUUAAAUCAUGUAUUCAGAGCGUUUCAUCAAAUGGGUAAGUGAACACAUUCAAUGUGCUAUCUCAGGGUAAUAUACUGGACAACUGAACCUGAUUUCCACGGGUAACAACAUGGGCCUCUCAUGUCAUAGACAUGUAUAUCAUAAUCAUAGGAAAAACAGACUGCAAAUGAUGCUUCUAGGGUGCAAGUUCUCAUUGAGAUUGUUGAUCUCAUAACAUGCUUUAAUGUUAAAGAGUUUGUUCUGUUUGAGCUUUAAACUUGGUCUUGGAUUCAAAUA